AUGGCGCUCGCCGCCGCCGCCGCCGCCGCGGCCGCCGGGGUGAGCCAGGCCGCGGUGCUCGGCUUCCUGCGCGAGCGGGGCGGCCAGGUGCCGAGCGCCGAGCUGCUGAGCCGCUUCAAGCCGCUGCUGGACGCCGGCGACCCGCGGGGCCGCGCCGCCCGCAGGGACCGCUUCAAGCAGUACGUCAACGACGUGGCCGUGGUGAAGGAGCUCGACGGCGUCAAGGUCGUGGUGCUGCGGAAGCAGCCGCGGCCCCGGGACGGGCCGGAGCUGCCGCCCUCCGGCGCCCCCGCGGAGCCGGGCCCGCUGGCGGACACCACGCUCCUCCCACCGGGGGGAGACUCUGCCCCGACGGCCCCGGCCUUCGCCGCGGCACCGCCCGCGCAUCUGGCCCGGCCGUCGGAGCCACAAGACACCCCCGGGGCUCCGGCCUCUGAACCCCCUCAGCCGAGCGGGGCGCUGCCGUCAGGCUCGGCCCCGCAGCCCGCGGGCCCUGCCGACCCCCGAGAGCCGGCCUCGAAGCCGGCCCAGCCCGCAGAGGGGCUCCCCGCAGCCGCGGCCCCACCGUCCAGGGCGCCGUCGGAGGCGGCCUCGCCCCGGGUAGAGCCGCCGGAGCCCGACCCUGCGCCCGGGGCCGCGCAAGGGCCGCCGCCGAAGCCCAGCAUGCUGCCCGUGCGCUGCGUGCCCGGCGCCGCCGCGCUGCGGCUCCGCGCCGAAGAGCAAGGGCUGCGCCGGCAGCUGUCGGAAGAGCCCAGCCCGCGCAGCUCCCCGCUGCUGCUGAGGCGGCUCUCGGUGGAGGAGUCGGGCCUGGGCCCCGGCCGCUCCCCGCACCUGAGGCGCCUGUCGCGCGCCGGCCCGCGUCUGCUGAGCCCCGACGCCGAGGAGGCGCCCGCCGCGCCGCCGCCGUCCGCCGUGCCCCUGGAGCCGUCGGAGCACGAGUGGCUGGUGAGGGCGGCCAACGGCCGCUGGACUCACCAGCUCCACGGGCUGCUGCUGCGCGACCGCGGCCUGGCGGCCAAGCGCGACUUCAUGUCUGGCUUCACCGCCCUGCACUGGGCCGCCAAGAGCGGCGACCGCGAGAUGGCGCUGCAGCUGGUGGCGGUUGCGCGGCGGGGGGGCGCGCCCGUCGACGUGAACGCGCGCUCGCACGGCGGCUACACGCCGCUGCACUUGGCGGCGCUGCACGGCCACGAGGACGCCGCCGUGCUGCUCGUGGUGCGCCUGGGCGCACAGGUGCACGUGCGUGACCACAGCGGGCGUCGCGCUUACCAGUAUCUGCCGCCCGGCUCCUCGUCUGCGCUGCGCCGCCUACUCGGCGACCCGGGCGUGCGAGGCACGACGGAGCAGGAUGCGAUCGAUGGGGCAGGUGGCAGUCUUGCAGCCCGGCGCCCGGUGCAGGUGGCCGCCACCAUCCUCAGUUCCACGACGAGUGCGUUUCUGGGCGUCCUGGCCGACGACAUGAUGCUCCAGGACCUGGCCCGAGGCUUGAAGAAAUCUGGCUCCUUCAGCAAGUUCUUGAGCGCCUCGCCUAUGGCUCCGCGAAAAAAGACAAAGAUCCGCGGUGGCCUGCCCGCCUUCUCGGAAGUUUCCCGUCGACCUGUUCCGGGGCCUUUAGCUGGGCUAGUGCCCAAUCUGCCUCCCGCAAUCUGACGGUCCCUGGGGCUGUGGCCUGGUUGAUCUAACCGGACCUUCCCCCUACGUUUAAGCCUGCCCACGGCUGGGGCCCCAUACCUGCAGCCCCAUCCUGUUUUCAGCUUUGUCCACCGCAGCCUGUUUUAAGCAAAUCAUCCUGCGCCCCCAGAGUCUGUCUAAAGCUUGACCUGUCUCCAGAGACUCCAGAUCUGACUGAGGUCUGGAAUCUUCUCUUAUGAAGAACUCCAGUAGUCAGGCCUGAAUUCUGGAGGAGACUUGAAAUUUAGGGUUGCAGGUUAAGGGGCAGCAGCUGG